CUUGGGUACAUCAUUUGGUAUCAAAGCUAGUUGUUGCUCAUCUCUCAAGGACCAUACACACUUCCCCAACUCCCUCCCUAAAUUCGGCCUAACCACAUUUAAUCCCUACUCCCACUUCAUCCCUUUUCCUAUCAACCAUGUCAAACCAAUCCCAAAGCAUGUCUCAUGAAGAACUCGUAGCCGCAAACGCUGCCUUGCAAGCUCAAGUGGAAUACCUAGCCAAAGAAGUGGCUAACCUCACAAAGGAAAAGAUGUCCAUGCUACGAGAUAGUGAAGAUGAAGAGGAAGCUAGCUCUAGUGCCACCAUGAGAGCUAGGGCUCAUGAAAAGUCCCAUUCUGACUUCAAAGGUUAUAUUCCAAUCUUUGAAGGAAAGAAUGAUCCGGAUGAAUUUCUUGAGUGGUUAGAAACGGUGGAACGAGUCUUUGAUUUCAUGGAAAUCUCUGAUGAGAAGAAGGUCAAGAUCGUGGCCUUAAAGUUCCAAAAGUAUGCCUCUACUUGGUGGACGAAUACCACCACCAAACGAGUUCGAAGUGAGAAGCCCCCCGUUGAUUCUUGGCAAAAGAUGAGGAGUCUUCUGAAGAAGAAGUUCCUGCCCACCGAAUACUCACGAGACAACUUUGCUAUGCUUCAAACGCUUAGGAAAGGUACAAAAUCAGUGGAGGAUUAUACUCGGGAAUUCGAAGAGCUCUUGCUAAGGUGUGACUUGCAAGAAAACGAGGAGCAAACCUUUGAGCUAUAUAAGGAAGACGAAGACUUCAAAGACACAUUCUCCAAGUGUCUUGUGCGGCCUCAUGGAGAGUUCCUCAUCAAAGAUGGAUCAAGAUUCGGGCUUGAACGAGCUUCCGGGAAGAUAAAAUCGACGUUCGGGCCAAAAAUCAGUGAAAUUGGGCCAAGAUCUCGUAACAGCCGCGAAGCCCAACGGACCAAGGCCUCAAGGCGUCCAACUUGGAUGCUUGGCCAAUUUGGACGCUUGGAGUUGGACGCCUUGGCUGGAUUGCAGAUCAAGGAAGACACGUGGCAAGCAGCGAAUGGACGGGCCGCAGAAAUCAUAAGAUUAGAGCAAAAGAUCUUCUAUUUCGACGAGGUUUUAUUCGCUGAAGGCUCCUGGUACGAACCACCUUACUCCUAUGACUACACCUUGUUUGCUGAAGAACAAAUUGAAGCAAACAAGGUGGCAAUUCGAGAAAGAGCAAAACUUCUUGAAUCAGUCCGGAAGGAAAAGGAGUUCGCGAAGAGAUUAUGCGAAGGAUCAGAAAUGAUGCAGAAAAUGUUGUGCGACUUUCAAAGAGAGAGACUAGAAGCUGAGUCUAAAGCCGAUAAAUUAGUCAAUGAUCUCUGUAUGGUUGUUGAACUUAAACGCUCCCUCCAAUCUCAAAUAAGGGAGAUUAAUGUUCAAAAAGAGGCUCUAGAACCUAAGACCAACCCUGAAUCCAUCAACCAACAGGUUCCAGUUCUAGAAGAUUCACCCAGUUUUACACCAUCACAGAAACCCGAGAGCAUAACAACUCUCGCUAGGGCUACUGUGGUGAUGUUACCUAAAUCCCUUCCUAGCCAAGUCACAACCAGCAUAGUCGUACAGAAGGUGGAACCAACUAAGGGACCUGACUCAGAACCACCUAUGCUUAGUCAAGAAAAGGAGGAGGAAGUUUUGCCUAUAGCAAUAAACGGCCAUCUCCUUAAUUGUGUUGAAGACACACCUCCAGAGGAACCUGUUCUGGAGGAGAUAGAGCCCACUACAAGCCCCCAAGAUUCCAAUGUCCACGAGUCUAAGGAGGAACCUAUAGAUGAAGAAAAGCCAACUCCGUCUAUAGAACCCUAUGCAACCAAUGAUUCAUCUGAUGAUUCAGACCAUACUUUCUUUGACUCCCUACUUGACAGGUAUGACUAUGUCUGCCCGAAGGAUGGUUGGAACUUAAAGAGUUGGGAUGAACUUCUGGUGAGUGACGACGAGGACUCUUCCUUGGGGGAGGGUACGAUCAUAAUCAUCAAACCACAAAUGGAUAGUCAGUCAAUUGAAGAUAAGGAAGAAAUCAAUUUCGCAAUCAAAGCCAAUGAUGUGGAUCAAUUGAGGAGACUUCCGCCCCCACCCACUUAUACAAAGUCUCCUCCAUAUAUCCUGUUGCCACCCAGCCGCAGGGAUGAGUCAAGGAUCCUGGACCUUGACCGAGCAACAAAUCAAACAAGAUGGCACCAGAAGAGAGUCAGAAGGGCCAAACUUUAUGACUCUCGGAUCGGGAAGUCGCAGAAAAAGUGGGACAUUGAUGAGUUGCUGUACGACCCAAAAUGGAGGAUCCUGCUAUUCCUGCAUGCACCAGCCAGCCUGGAAGUCACCAUCGAGUUUCUUUGCUCUCUCCGCUUCCUGAAUGACGAAGAGGAAGUAAAGUCAGUAGCUGAAGUCACCUCCACCACCAAGGUCACGUUCACUAUGAUGGGACGACUGCUGAACCUUACUGUGGCAGACUUAGGGUGGCUGAUUGGUCUUUACACGCUUGAUGAAACGCGGAGCCUGGCCUUCGCUAAUCUGCCCGACCAGUUGGAUCCAAAAUUUGAUGCUAAAAAGUUCUGGCAAGCUCAUGGGCAUGGUCGAUUUCACAGUGGAGCAAGCUUAGCUAGGAAUUGGGCACGACCGUCUUGGAGGAUUUUGCACCAUGCAUUGGCUCAUAGCUAUUUCGGCCGCUCUCAAGAACCUGACGUGGUGUUUGAUUCCGAUAUGCUAUUUUUCUGGAGUCUAGCAACUUUUGUGGCUCGAUUCCUAUUUGCUCAGUCAACUUGCAACCACCAGUUUGUCUUGUGUGGGCCAAUGGUUACGCUUCUGGCUCGAGGAUUAUGUAUGUCCGUUCCCGAUGUUCUUCCAAAAUCUACAAGCAUGUUCCGACCACCGACACAGUAUUUGGCCCAGAUUGUUUAUAAUAAGGAAGACAAGGAGGCACAUCCUAGAAAGCAGCAUACGAUUCCUAUGACCCUUCGCGAGCUUUCGCAAGCUAUGUUUGCAUUUCAGGACUCUGUAGACUCUCGCUUAAGGAGCAUGGAGACGCUCCUUCUCACGCAGCAGUGGCAGGUGGAGGAAAUACUUGACUACGUCCGGGAACAGGGAACAAAGAAAGCCGAGCAUGGGCAGGUCCUAAACAAAGCAAACGUCAGGGUUAGACUAGUGGCCCAAUUGAAGCCUAAGAGAGCUGAAACAAGUUCUCCUUCCUCACUAUUGUCUGCUCUGUGUAUGUACAAGGUUGUUGCUCCUAAGAAGAUUCCUGAUCUUGUGCGAAGUAUAGGUCCUCCUGCCAUUUGAUUUUCGUUCGUCGCUACGCUAGUGGUGAGGAUCACCCCUUUCGUCAUCCUUGUCCAUAAAAACAACUUAAUUUC